UCUUUUCUGGUUGUUUCAUCUAACUGACGCUGAAAAUAGUUUUGGGUUAACAAUGCUUACGAAUCUCGAGGCAUUGCGUCUGUUAUUCUUAAUAACAUAUGCAAAUAGUGUGGCAGUACCUGUAACUGAUUCAGGUGAUCAGACUACCGGCUAUCACACUGCGACCAGUUUAUCGACACCACCUCCGAGCGUAUCUACUCAUGGACGACAUGACUACUAUACAACUGCGGCUCCAUGGUUUACACACAGCUCUGAAGAACCAACAAAAUAUUCUGACAAACAAGCACAUACUUCUCACGAUGUGUACACAGAAACGACACCAUCACCAUUCGAUGUUUACAGCGACACAGGAAAUACACCUCGUCACCAUGCUAGCUCAUCUGAUUCCUAUACAGAUGAAUCAGACUAUUAUUCAGACAGUAUAACUACUGGGAACCAUUAUCAUUAUGGUUCUAAUGAGGAUAGGACGACAAGCGAAAUCCCCAGUUCACCAACACAACCUCCAAGUUCACCUUCUCAUGGACGACAUGACGCUUACACAACUGGAGCUCCAUGGUUUACACACAGCUCUAAAGCACCAGAAGAACAUUCUGAUGAACAAGCACAUACUUCUCACGAUGUUUACACAGAAACGACACCAUCACCAUUUGAUGUUUACAGUGAAACAGGAAAUACACCUCAUCACCAUUCUAGCUCAUCUGAUUCCUAUACAGAUGAAUCAGACUAUUAUUCAGACAGUAUAACUACUGGGAACCAUUAUCAUUAUGGUUCUAAUGAGGAUAGGACGACAAGCGAAAUCCCCAGUUCACCAACACCACCUCCAAGUGCACCUUCUCAUGGACGACAUGACGCUUACACAACUGGAGCUCCAUGGUUUACACACAGCUCUGAAGCACCAGCAGAACAUUCUGAUGAACAAGCACAUACUUCUCACGAUGUGUACACAGAAACGACACCAUCACCAUUCGAUGUUUACAGUGAAACAGGAAAUACACCUCGUCACCAUUCUAGCUCAUCUGAUUCCUAUACAGAUGAAUCAGACUAUUAUUCAGACAGUAUAACUACUGGGAACCAUUAUCAUUAUGGUUCUAAUGAGGAUAGGACGACAAGCGAAAUCCCCAGUUCACCAACACAACCUCCAAGUGCACCUUCUCAUGGACGACAUGACGCUUACACAACUGGAGCUCCAUGGUUUACACACAGCUCUGAAGCACCAGAAGAACAUUCUGAUGAACAAGCACAUACUUCUCACGACGUGUACACAGAAACGACACCAUCACCAUUUGAUGUUUACAGUGAAACAGGAAAUACACCUCAUCACCAUUCUAGCUCAUCUGAUUCCUAUACAGAUGAAUCAGAAUAUUAUUCAGACGGUAUAACUACUGGGAACCAUUAUCAUUAUGGUUCUAAUGAGGAUAAGACGACAAGCGAAAUCCCCAGUUCACCAACACCACCUCCAAGUGCACCUUCUCAUGGACGACAUGACGCUUACACAACUGGAGCUCCAUGGUUUACACACAGCUCUGAAGCACCAGCAGAACAUUCUGAUGAACAAGCACAUACUUCUCACGAUGUGUACACAGAAACGACACCAUCACCAUUCGAUGUUUACAGUGACACAGGAUAUUCCACUUAUGGUCAUUCUAGCUCAUCUGGUCACUUUACAGAUGCAGAGAAGCCAGUCAGUACGACUCCUGGUCCAAAUGAAGAUGCAGAAGACUACAGAGAUGGCGAAGAAGCGUUUCCAAUACAACAGAGUACUGGUAACCCACCUCUGUAUGACCUAGGUUUAACUGAUAACAAAGAGGAGCAGGAAAAAGGAAGUGAUGCAGAAUCUGACAGUGAUAGUAGUGACGAUGAAGAUGAAGAAGACGAUGAUGAUGAUGAUGAUGAUAAUUAAUCCCAAGAAGAUAAGAAUGAUGAUUUAUAAUUGCUAUUUAAAACUGAAUAUCUAAAAUUCAUGUAACAGACUAAAAACAGUUCUCAUUAUUCUAACUUCAUUUCAUUCUAUAAAAAAAUAUACGUUCUACUUAAAUUUAUUUCGAAAAACAAGUAACAUUUGCUCAUUAUUCACUUUCUGUUGUCAUUAAAUCAUUUAUUUUUUUAAAUAUUUCUACUUAGUAUCCCAUCACAUAUGAAACAGUUAAUUAAUAUGUAAGGCGGGGAAGAUAAUUAAUCUAUACAGUUUUUUUUACCCAGUUAAUGCAAGAAUCGAUUGAAAAAAAAGUUUUGUGAAUUGUGAGAAAGCAUUCGUUUAUCGCGA